AGGAAGUGGGCUGUCGGAGCUGAGGCGUUUAGUACUUCAGGCUCUGCGUCUAGACCUAUAUUUUUAUGACCUUUUUUUUUUUUCUUUCACCAGAGGGCAUGAUUCACAUCAGACUGCUAUGCUUCAAAGACACCAUAAGCACUUAAAAAGGCCAGUGGUGGAUUAGGAGCCUGUCCCACUCUAAGCAGAGAGGAGUUGCCUCAAUCGACCAGCUGAAGUUUCACUGCAUCCCUGUGAGCUGAAGAGACGUCUCUUCUUCAAAUUUGUUUCAGCUCUGAGACAAAUUUCAUAGCAGAUUUUUUUUCCCUGAAGGGCACGAGAGUUUAUAUCAAGCCUAAUUAUGAGUACCCAGUACGAGUCGAACCUGCACACCAUCUCCCCUGAGAUGCCGGCCAUGUUUGACGGCAUGAAGCUAGCGGCCGUCGCCACGGUUCUCUACAUCAUCGUCCGCUGCUUGAAUCUUAAGAGUCCCACUGCACCACCGGACCUCACCUACCAGGACACGGCCCUCAACCGCUUCCUGCUCAAGUCCUGCUCUCAGAUGACCAAAGAGUACGUUCCGCCAUUACUGUGGGGUAAGAGCGGCCACCUCCAAACAGCGCUGUAUGGUAAACUGGGACGGGUAAGCUCACCUCACCCCUGUGGAAUCAGGAAGUAUUUACCCAUGCAUGAUGGAGCCACCGCAACCUUUGACCUCUUUGAGCCACUGGGGGACCAUCAAACAGGAGAUGAGAUCACCAUGGUGAUAUGUCCUGGUAUCGGUAACCAUAGCGAGAAGCAUUACAUCCGGACCUUUGUAGAUUAUGCCCAGAAGGAGGGCUACAGGUGCGCUGUGCUGAACCAUCUGGGCGCUCUUCCCAACAUCGAGCUUACCUCUCCACGCAUGUUUACUUAUGGGUGCACUUGGGAAUUUGCAUCAAUGGUUGGCUACAUUAAGAGGACCUACCCUAAAACCCAGCUGAUUGUCGUGGGCUUCAGUCUGGGUGGAAACAUCGUUUGCAAAUUCCUGGGCGAGAGCAGAGCCAACCAGGAGCGAGUGCUGUGCUGCGUAAGCGUCUGCCAGGGUUACAGUGCUCUCAGGGCUCAGGAAACAUUCCUACAGUGGGAUCAGUUCAGACGCUUCUAUAAUUUCCUAAUGGCAGACAACAUGAAGAAGAUCAUCCUCUCACACAGGCACAGUCUUUUUGGGGAAAGCUCACCAAAAAAAUUUGAUGCAGAUCUCAGCCGGCUGUACACAGCAACAUCCCUCAUGCAGAUCGACGACAACAUCAUGAGAAAAUUUCAUGGCUACAGCUCUCUCAAAGAGUACUAUGAGAAGGAGAGCUGUGUACAUUAUAUCCACAAUGUGGAUGUGCCACUGCUCCUGGUAAACUCUGCAGACGACCCUCUGGUUCAUGACUCAUUGCUUGCUAUCCCUCGCACGUUAGCAGCAAAGAAACCUAACGUGAUCUUCGCCCUGACGCUUCACGGAGGCCACCUGGGCUUCUUCGAAGGGGAUGUACUCUUCCCUCAGCCCCUCACCUGGAUGGACAAAGUAAUUGUGGGUUACGCCAAUGCCAUGUGCCAGUGGGAGAAACAGAAACCGCCCUGCCAAAGUGCCCACCUCACCGGGAGCUCCUGCUUCGAGGCGAAAGCCUAAACCUCUGUAUCUUCCCUCUUUCCUUCUCCUCAUUUUUACAUCUCACACUUUCCAGCACCGCUGUUCCAACAUGGCGUCGAGGAGACACUUUAAACUGCUCUUGUUCUCUGCCUUCUCCUCUGGUGCUAAUCACCACUUCCAAAACACACACAUGCCUUUUAGCCCCAUUUGUAAACCCCUGUUCCUGAUCCCAUCACCUUACAGGGUGUGGACUGCAGAGUAGAAAUUAACUGCCUUCACCUCAGCGCUGGAACAUUCGGUCAUCUAAAACGCAGCGGCGCUCGGUUAAUGGAUGAACUGACCAAAUACGACCCAAAAUGAAAUAAAGCUAAUUUUAGAUGGGGAAGGAAAUGGCAGUAUGACUUUUUACCAGAGAAAGAAGCACACAAGGUGUCACAGAAGGCGAGGUCAGAGCGACUGUCGGUGCCCGUUUACUGCACCUAUAAGACGCUCACUGCUUAUCACCGCCAAGCCCAUAGAGCCUAGUCUGCUGUAUUUGUAGUACGUCUGUACGUAUGUCUAUGACAUGUUGAGAGUACAUCUGUGUGUGUCUGUGUCCCCCACAACAGGACCUGUGGUCCCUGUUUAGCAAAUCCUCCUUUUGGAUGAACUGCUGCUGUGUCGUACUGUAGAAAAAGUAUUACCCUACGGUUCUCCUGCAUUAUUUGCAUCUCAUAACAUCCUCCUGGUGCCUACGUUUGUUGUUUAGAAAUGUGACUUUUGCGUUUUCAGAGCCAACAGGCCUGGGAGCUAACCAGAUAUUGCUGAUAACCCACAUUCCCACAAGCUACCACUUUGAUUCAGUGCACUUUAAUCCCCUUAUGCCACACUGUUUUACGUUCACUUGCUAGCAGAAGCGCGAGUAUUGCGAUUAGUAACUAUUUAGCUGUCCUUUUAACAUACGGAGAUUUAAAAGGAGCAGGGAUGAUAACAAAAUGUUAGAUGAAUCAGAUGUUCCCCCAACUGUCUUUGAGCCCUCUUACUUUCUUCUACCUUUGAUCAGCUGUAGGUUCAGAUAAGCAGUCUGAUAAAUUCCCCCCGAUUAAGACCAAACCCCUCCCACUCAGGCUCGGCCCUACUCAUUUGGAGCAAACAUCAAAACACCAAUGUAGAAAUGAAAAAACAAACAAUGCAAUGCUGUUGAAGGGUGAAUCAAAAGGGCUGAAGGUUUAUUUUCUUCUGUGAGCUGUGAGGUUUGGUGAGUAGGAGGGCUGAAGAGACCAAAGCUGAACCAAACCUUUAUCAUCGUGAAUUUGUUUGUCAGAUACCUGUAAUUGUCCUGUAUGUAUAUUUAGAUGGAGGAUGCUGCAUGCUAGAAGGAAAAUGGCUUACCUUUAUUGGGAGUAUUUAUUUUUUUCUGUCAGCCGAUGAUUUUAACUGCUUCUUGUAUUUACGUUUUUCCACCGAGUGUUAUAAUGUUUUGGUGUCACCGCAGCAUGGUGUCAAAAUCAAACUGUAAAGCUGAGACUCGUGGACCUGUCAGAACAAACCGUGUUCCAAGGGCUUAAGGAGCUUCUAUCCAGACAAGAAAGCUGUGGUUGAAAAGCUGCUGCUGAGCACUGUGAUGAUGAGACACAUGGGUGGUUGGAAAUGAUGAAGGAAUUGACAACAGUGCCUUUUGUUGGGCUGCAUAAGCCAGUGUUCCUCUUUUAAUACCUGGUUGGUAGUAUUUGUUUGUGCCGUAAGAAUCCAAAGCGAUCCAUGCCAAACGUAGUUGUAUUUACUCAUGGAAACUAAUGGAGCAGCUAGAGUAACUUAUUUUAACUUAUAAAAGGAUUUUUGUAUCUUGAGCCUGUAACAUUUUUAUUGACUGUAGACAUAGUGGCCUUAGUUUAGUUUUUAUUAUUAUUAUUGCUUUAAUAAUCUUGACUCAAAUCUGCUGUUGAUAAGCUUAAAGAUCACCUGUAAGCUUCACACAUCUCCAGGAAGUCUGUCCAGAACAGAUACUAUGAGAACCAGGUAUUAAUCUCAUCACUAUGAGAAUUGGACCUGACAUUCUCUCAUUUAACUCAGGGCUUCUGCCAACACUGAACACAAUCCCUGUGUUUUUUUUUUGUUUUUGUUUUUUAAUGUAAUCUCCUCACUUGUUUAAUUUACUGAGGGGAAUACUGAGCUGGCUUGAUCAGAAUCAAGCCAGAUCAGUACAAACACACAGUAUUGUUACUCUUUCUAAAGUGUGCACUGUCCCAGUGCUCACUCUUUGCCUCUAAUGGCACUGUUGCCAUCUGCUGUCAGGGAGAUUUUACUACAACUCCCAGUCUUUCAUAGCAGUCGUCUUCUCAUCCACCCACAGUCUUGUUGCAUAGUUUCACUCGUCCGCGGCUGUCGUUCCUUAUUAAUCCGACGUGGUUAGGGGUUCUUUAGAUUUUUCCGAAGGAUCAUCGAUGACACCAGCAAUAGACACAUUUCUGCACUAACAGCUGUUUGUAAGACUUUGCCUAUCCCUGAUUUUGUGGAAAAAUGCAGGCUUGGAUUUAUUCUGAACAUUUUGUGUGUAUCAUUUGAACUUGUUUUGUACUUCUCUUUUUGUCUUUUUUGUGUGUAUUAUUUGCUUGUGCAAAUGCAGCAGAGUGCAUUUUGGGUAUAUGGGAGAAUACUGUCUCGUUUGAGCAGCUCUGAUCAGCAACAAUCAAAAUUUUGACAAGUGGGAUAUAUGUCGGACUUAUUUUUUUAUUUUUAUUUUUUUCUUUAAGGGACCAGAAAUGGAAACCAAUCAGGGGAAUAACCUAUUUUUUUAACAGAUUUAAAAAGAGGGGGAUAUAUAUUAGACCAAACCAUUUGUGCACAUUGAGAUUCUUCUCUCAGUUGAAGAAUCUAAAAAGUUGUUUCACUGUUCUGGUAUAAGAAUGUGAUCCUAUGUAUGUAUCCUAAAAGUGCUUUAGGCAUCAGGAUUUUUUGCUCAUAUUUACUUGCUUGGAAACAAAUGAUCUUCAGCUGGUUUAGAUAUAAUUAUAUGAAAACAUAAAGAUGCGCCAUGCUGGAAAGAUGGUUUCUUAUUGUUCGGUUUCUAGAAAUAAAAUCUAGUCUGGUUUCAGCCCAAAACGUAUACUUUGGAGCGUACAGGUAACAUUUUACAGCUUUAAUUUUGUUUACAUUUUUUUUUUUUUUUUAUGAUUUAAGA